CCAAAGUCAUUAAUGUGUUAGUUCUUCCGUUGCUUAAUAUGUGUUCUAAAUAAUAACAUUUGACUUUUUUCAGUGUGUAGAGUGAUUUUAAGAGCAUAGAUGUAGAACCAGACUCCUGGGUUCAAAUCCUGGCUCUGCCACUUAGGUGUUAUAGGACCUUGAGUACAUUAUUGAAUUUCUCUCCGCCUCUGUUUCCUCAUUGGUAAAAUGAGCCUAAUAAUAAUAUCUACCUCAGAGGGUUGAGACUACUUUCAAUAAUCUGUACUACAUGAAAAGCACAUAGUGCCUGGCGCGUAACAGGAGCUCAGUGCUGGGUGGUGGUGUUACGUUUCUCCAUCGUCAUCUUCAUUACCGGCACUAGCCCCUUUGGUUAAAUAAAGCGGCUCCAGUAAAUGAGGGUAGUGCCUUUGAAUUUGGACACAUCAACCAAAUAACAAGGCUUUCCUCAGAUGUGAUUAACUGUACAUGCAGAUAGUCCAUGAUUCAGUGAAUUUUACUGUUAAGUUAAAAACCUCAUCUUGUUCUGUAUGCCUUCAUGGGUGAUCUCAUCCUUUCCCAAGGCUUUAAUUACCGUCUAUAUGGUGAUGACUCCCAAAUCUGGAUUUCCAGCCCAGACUUGUCUACUGAGGGCCAGACCUAUAUAUUCAUAUAUUCAGCUGCCUGCUGGACACUCCUUCAUCAUCUUUCUCCUCAAUCCAGCUCCUCCUCCAGUGUUUCCUCUCUUCCUAAGUAGCCUGCACCCUGUUGCAUCCCAUACAGGCACCUGAGGCUCAUCCUUGACUCUUUCCUCUCUCCAUAUAGUUAAUUAUUAUGUCCUCCCAGUGAUAGUUCCAGAGUAACUCUCAAAACCAUUUCUCCCCCAUCCCCCUGUCUCUGUCUUCACCUGGAUUACUUAGCAGCCUCCCAAGUGAGUCUUGUGGCACUCCUAUCCAUUUCCUCCUGAUAACCAGAGGGACCUUAUAGAAACAGCAGUCUAAUCAUGUCAUUGGAGCUGGAUAAAAGGGCUAGCCUUCCUACCCAGGGCAAUCUGUGAGGAGGUAACACAAGUCUCCUAGAAAUCUAACAAAAUGGAGAAAAUAAUAUUUGCCCAAAAAUUCUUCUCAGGGAGAGUAUUCUAUGUGGUUGGAAGGAUGGGAUAAGAUCCUACACCUUUGUCUGUCUCUGUCUCUGUCUCCCCCCACCCCUCUGUCACCCUCCUUCCUUUCCUCCCUUCCCCCUCCAAGGGGAAUUCUAAAGUGCCUUCGGGGAGAUUAGAUCUAGUUAGCUGGAGGGCUUUUAUUUCACUCUGUGGGACAUACAAAUUUGGGACCCAGUUUAAUUGCUUGGAGCAGUAGGAGAAGAGACUUCACCACUGACCCUUUCUCUGCUUCUCUUGGUAAAGAGCCCUAAGUCACAGGCUCUUCUCAAAGUGUGGGCCCCUGGCCAGCAGCAUCUGCAUCACCUGGGAAUUUGUUAGAAGUGCAAAUUCUUGGACCUAUUCUAACCUUCUGAAUCAGGAGCUCUGGGGACAGGGCCUGGUCAUCUCUGUUUUAAUAAGCUCUCCAGGGGAUUCUAAUGGAUGCUAAAGUUUGAGAACUACUGUUGCUAAACUUUGAAAAACUAUUUAAAGAACAUUGAUUUAAAGAGAAUACAGUAUUAGCCUGGCCCCAAUACCCAUGUAUCUUAUACUGAUCCUGCAUGUCACUUCCCUUUUAAAUCCUUUAGCAGCAUCUGUAGUCCUUAGGAUAAACUCGUAGUCCUUAGUAGCCUUUAAAGGACCCUGCCUACUUAACAACAAUAAUAAUAAUUAAAAAUAGCCAACAUGUAUUUGUUCCACAAAUUUUCAUUGAAGAUCUACUAUAUGCAAAUGUUAUUCCAGAGUCUAGACUCUUGAGAUACAGUUGUGAACCAUAUAGAUCAAGUCCCUGAUCUCAUGAAGUUUAAAUUAAAACAUGAUCAAACAGUGAGUGCUGUUCAAAAGAUUGAAAUAGGAUGACAUGAUAGAGAAUGACAGAUGGCUGCUCUAGACGGGUUAUUAGGGAAGGCCUCACUGAGAGGGUAGAAUAUAAGCUGCAAUCUGAAUGAAAAUAGAACCAGCAGCUGAAUAUCAGAAGUACUAGCAUUCCAGAUAGAGGGACAUUGCUAGUGCCAGGCCCUGUGUGAUCAAGGAGCAGAGGAGGCUGGUGUGAUGGGAGUAAGAAUUUGAAGGAGGGGUAGGAAGAUGAGGACGAGGAGAUAAUAAACAGGAGUCGCACGUAGGUCUUGGUAAGCCAAAUUAAGAGUUUGGAUUUUUUUUUUUUUUUGAAGUAUAGUUCAUGUACAAUACAGUUCACCCUUUUAAAGUGUACAAGUCAGUGGUUUUCAGUAUAUUCACAAGGUUGUGCAACCAUCAGCUCUGUUUCCAGGACGUAUUCAUCCCUCCAGAAGGAAACCCUAUACCCAUAGGGAGUUUGGGUUUGAGUGUAAUAGGAAGCUACUGGAAGACUUUAGCAGGACAGACACGAUCUGAUUUAUGUGUUAAGAUCACUCAGGCAGCUGUGGGGAAAGUGGGUUCUAGGUAAGCAUGGGUGGAAGCAGGGAGACCAGGUGGUCUUUUCUAUACUUAAAGCAAGAGGUAGUGGCUUGGAUUAGGGUGGUGGUGAUAGAAAUGGAAUGAGGUGAAGGGGUUCACGGUAUGUUUUGCAGGUGGACUUAACUGUAAUGCAGUGCUUCUUAAAUUACCUGUAAUGAAGAACCAAUUUGUUAAAUUUCCAGUCUGUCACAGACUGAAACUUUUGAAAAAUACAAUGAUAUUACAAGUAGAGACAGUGUUUCCAGGGGAGGUUGACUGGAGUAGUGGUUUGUGGGUUAGGAAGGGCACAUGGGAUGCUAUUAGUCUGUGCCCAUCCCUCUUUCUCUGUUCUUUAUUUUUCUUCUUACCAUUUCUUCCUACCUGACACACUAUAAAUUUCACUUGUUUUGUCAUCUUUCUCUUGUCACUGGAAUGUAAAUUCCACGAGAACAAGAAUAUUUUACUGUUUUGUUCACUGCUCUAUCCCCCAGCCUAGAAUAGUGUUGGGCAUAUAUAUGCAAUAAAUUUCUGUUGAAUGAAUGAAUUGUAAAUAAGGAUGUAUAAAUGUUUAUUUAUGUAUAUGUGCUAAUUUCUUCAAGCUCAAUAAUUUACUCAAAAUAUUUGAUCAGCUACUGUGUACCAGACAUUGAGGUGGAGUGGUGAACAGAUGUUCCUUUCUUUAAUUGUUCUUCCAGUGACAGGCACCUGCCGUGCACUGCCCUAGGUACUGGGGACCGAAUGGUGGGCAAGGAGGUAUUCUAACAAGGACAACAGGGGUCAAGGAAGGUCUCCCUGAAGAAGUGAUGUAAAAGAUGAGUAGGAGCUAAUCAUGUGAGGCGACCUAGGGGUAGAAGAAAUGCCGUGUCUGCAGGCCUGGUGAUUUGUUGAAGAGGAACAUAUUCCUUACAUAAAUGCUUUUCAGCAUUUUCCAGAAGAGAUGAAAUUAUAUGGGCGUGACAAAGGAAUCUUUGCUAUAGAGUCUUGGCCUAACUAUGAAGAUAUCUAUAAAAAAGUAAUUGAAGUUGCCACAUUUUUGGAUUUGCCGCGUUUUCCAGACAUAACUGAAGACUGCUAUCUUCAUCCAAACAUCUUGUGCAUGAAAUAUUUGAUGGAAGUCAAUCUCCCUGAUGAAAUGCAUGAUUUAACCUGCCACGUGGUAAAAGUGACUGGAAUAGGAGAAGUGGAUUUUCUAACAUUUGAUCCUAUAGCUAAAAAAGCAAAAACUGUUAAAUAUGAUGUACAAGCUGUAGCUGUCAUUAUAGUAGUAUUGAAACUGCUCUUUUUAUUGGAUGACAAUUUAGAAUGGUCUUUGUCUAAUAUUGCUGAGAAGUAUAAUGAAAAGAAUGAAGAAGAUAAGCCAUGGUUUGAUUUCAGAAAAUGGUACCAAGUUAUGAAGAAAGCUAUUGAUGAGAAAAAACACCACUGGGAGGAAGCCAGGGCAAAGUACCAGUGGAAAAGUGAAAAACCACUCUACCACUCAGCCAUUGACAGAUCAGUGGUGUAUAAAAGAAGAGAAAUGGUUGUGAGUCUACAAAAGCAAUUUAGCGCAUUGAUUGAUUCAACACCAACUGUUGAAAAAAAAAGUCCUUCAAGUUUUCAGUUGAACUGGACUGAAGAGGACGGUGAUAGAACUUGUUUCCAUGGGCAUAGCCUGCAGGGAGUCCUGAAGCAGAAAGGCCAGUCCCUGACAACCAAGAAUUCCCUCUAUUGGCUGAGUACACAGAGAUUCUGUAAAAGCUAUUGUAAGCAUGUGACAACCUAUGAAGAAUCAAAUUUUUCUUUGAGUUAUCGGUUUAUACUAAACCUCUUCUCCUUCCUGCUAAGAAUAAAGACCUCCUUUCUCCAUGAGGAAGUGAGCUUAAUAGAAAAGAGACUUUUUAAAGCAAAAUACAGUACAACGAAAAAGAAAUCUUCAAGAUCCAGGAAAGCAAGAAAAUGCUGAGAAAAGUGAAAUGGGUACUCACUGGGGAAAAUAGUUCAGUAGUGACAGUAAUGUCAGAUUGUAAUAUAACAUUCCAGAGAAUGGUGAAAAAUUGAAUUUUAUUGCAUACUUGUACAGACAUACAAAUAUAUGUAUCAAGCUGCUUAUAAAAAUGUAUAUUGGAAAGUAGGUGAAAUUUGAAUUUAUUUUUUAAAUUAUGAAUGUUCUCAUUGUUAAAAAUAACUGUUAUAUAAAGUGUCUAGAAGUUUGUAUUCGUUGUAUUUUAAAGCGAAAUUUUCUCUUUAAACUAGAUCACUGCCUUACUUUUUAUAUCCCAGAAUAAAUCCCAGAUGGGUCAAAGA